CUCUUUAUUUCUCCCUCGCUUCCGGCCUCCCCUAUUCCUCCGGUCGACGUGAGAGAGCGGAAGGUUGGUCUGUAGGCAGGGUUAGAUCCUCGCGACGCUCGAUCCUGACGGUGGUGGGCGAAGAUGUUGGACAUGCAGAAGCGGCGCGUGCGGCUGCUGCUCUUCAUCACGGGCAUUCUGGCGCUCAGCAUGACCGCUGAGAAGUCCAGAGAACUUGUUGGAAAGGAGGCUGCAUCAAAGAGUGGUCAAUCCACAUUCAUGAACUGCUUUGACAAGGGCUCUGGCAGCCUUGCAUGCACAUCAAAGGAGGGUGUCAAGUUGUACGUCAACAACAUUCGAAGUGCACACUUGGAAAUGGUGCGACAGCGAGCCAUGGGGAAAGCUUUAGCUGAUGCUGUGGCAGAAGGCCUAACACCUAGCGAAGCAGCCAAACAAGCUCAGAAGGUUAGUGCAAAAGCGACAAAAAUUGCCGCUCGUCAAGCAAAUAGGAUAUUGGGGCCAAUAAUUUCUUGUGGUUGGGACUUCUUCGAAGCAAUGUACUCUGGCGGAAGCAUGAUGGAAGGUUUUCUUCGGGGCACUGGCACCUUGUUUGGAACUUAUGUGGGUGGUUUCCAUGGUGAGGAGCGGUUUGGGAAGCUGGGGUAUCUUGCAGGAAGCCAUGUCGGAAGCUGGGGUGGAGGAAGAAUUGGAUUGAUGAUUUAUGAUGUCAUAAGCGGACUGAAAUAUAUGUUCAUGUCUGUCCAACCUAAGUAUGAAUCAUCGUCAUAUGCAUCAGAAGAUGGUCCAGAAUACGCAAAAAGAUAUACAAAUCAAGAGGAGCCAACAUACUAUGAACCAUCAAAGGAAAAGCAAGAAGAAUCAAAAUGGUUUGGUUUGUUCUAAAUCUAUGAACCGAAGUGUUCCGUCUUAAACUCAAGGGCGGAGCUAGGUAGUAGCUAGAUUGUUGCACCCCCCCCCCCCCCCUAAAAAUGUGAAAAUGGUGUCUUUCACCAAAAGUCCACCAUAUAUGCACCCAUGAGGCAAUUGUACUCAUCACUGCUUCGCUACUGGAGCAUGAAACAAUUAGCUUGUUUUGUUGUACAUUUCUGAAUGUUCAGCUUCAUUUUGUAUGGUUACCUAGAUUAGGUGUGAUUCUUCAUUGUAAUUCUUGUUUUGGCUACCAUGUAUAUAAAACAUAUGUAUCGACU